AUGCCCCAGUGGUCUCAACUCGCGGCUCGCGCCAAACCCGGGCCCCGCACCCAGCUUGUCCUCCAGCGCGCAGCCCAGCUUGGCUCCCUCUUCCGCCUCGUCAUCUUCCUCAAGGCCCUCCUCGGCCUCUACCGCCACGUCUACGCGUAUGGCAUCACCGGCACAAGUAGGCAGAUCUACGGUGCUCUGAAGAAUGUCUUUGUCCGUAUCAUGCUACGCAUGCCGAGUGCACGCGCCCAGAUCGCCAAGGAACUCGCCAAAACGCGCGCAGAGCUCUCAUCCAAAAUCGCACCCAAGACGCUUCCCCCCGGUGUCGAGCUUGAGGACGUCAACGAGCUCCCUGAGAGUGGACGCAACAUCGAAUGGCUCCGUAACGAGUGGACCAACAUGGCCAAACUCGACAGAGGCGACCUUGAGGCUGGUCGCGUCUCGGGCGCCGUGUACCAUGGUGGCGAUGACCUGAACGUCGUCAUUAACGAGGCCAUGUCCAACUUUAUCGUGUCGAACCCCCUCCACCCCGACGUCUUCCCUGGCGUGCGCCGCAUGGAGGCCGAGCUCGUGUCGAUGGUGCUAAAGCUGUUCCACGGCGAGAACGGCGCUGGUACCACGACGUCGGGCGGUACUGAGUCCAUUCUCAUGUCGUGUAAGGCUCACCGCGACUGGGCGCGUGCCGUCAAGGGAGUCUCUGCGCCCGAGAUGGUCAUCCCCUCCACGGCCCACGCUGCGUUCUGGAAGGCGUCGCAGUACUUCGGUAUCAAGCUUCAUGUUGUGCCCGUCAACCCGCGCACACGCAAGGCCGACGUCAAGAAGAUGACGCGCUUCAUCAACCCCAACACCAUUAUGCUCGUGGGAUCGGCUCCCAACUUCCCCGACGGUAUCGUCGACCCCAUCGAGGACCUCGCCGCUCUGGCACGCAAGUACAAGACGGGCCUGCACGUCGACUGCUGCCUCGGCUCGUUCAUCAUCUCCUUCGCCCAGCGCGCGGGCUACAGCGACGGCCUGCCCAAGUUCGACUUUUCCGUGCCGGGCGUCACUGCAAUCUCAUGCGACACGCACAAGUACGGCUUCUGCCCGAAGGGCUCAAGUAUUAUCAUGUACAACUCGCCCGAGAUGCGCCGGUACCAGUACUACGUCAUGACGGACUGGGCGGGAGGCGUGUACGCCUCUCCUUCGAUGGCAGGCUCGCGCCCUGGCUCGAUCAUUGCAGGCGCGUGGGCCGUGUUGAAUACGUAUGGUGUCGACGGGUACACGCUGUCGGCCAAGGACAUUAUCGGGGCGGCGCGCCACUUCAAGCUCCAGCUCCAGAACCGGUUCCAGGACGACCUGUUCGUCAUUGGCGACCCCCUCCUGUCGGUCGUUGCGUUCGGCUCCGAUUCGCUCAACAUCUACGCCGUUGGCGACCGCAUGAGCAAGAAGGGAUGGCACCUCAAUCCUCUUAACAGCCCCGCUGGCCUCCACAUGGCGUUCACCAAGCUCAGUGCUGCCAGCGUCGACCAGCUCCUCGACGACCUCGGCGAGUGCAUCGCGGCCGAGAAGAAGGAGCCCGAGUCUGGUGGCAACCUCGUCGCGCUGUACGGUGUUGGCCAGACCGCCGUCGGGCCACACGUCGUUGGCAAGGUCGCCGAAAUGUUCCUCGACACGCUUUAUGAAGUUUAG